AUGGAGGAGCAGCAGCAGCAGCUGGAGCAGGAGACGCGUGGCCAAAGCAAGAAGCAGCGCAAGCAGCAGAAGAAGGCUGCCAAGAAGGCUAAGAAGCAAGCGAAGAAGCAGGCGAAGAAGCUAAAGAAGCAAGCCAAGCGUCAGCAGCAGCAGGAGCAGGGUGUGGAACCGCAGGGAAUGCGUUCGCGUUCGAGCAGCGUUAGCUCCAACUCGAGUAGCUCUAGUAGCUCCAGCAGCUCCAGUUCUAGUUCGAGCUCUAGCGAAAGUGACAGCCCUGCUCGACGCUGUGGACGCCGCAUGUUCGGUGGACAUCAUCGUGGACAUGGACAUCAUCGCGGAUAUGGACAUCAUGGUCCGCAUCAUCGCGGUCCGGCUCAUCAUCACGGUCCGCAUCAGCACCAUGGUCCGGCCCAUCAUUAUGGUCCGCUCCAUCAUCGCGGUGGCCAUCACCACUUUGCGCAUCCGCAUCAUCAUCAUGCUUGCGGGCCAGCUGCUUGGAUGGAGCGCGGACACAUGUGCGAUCCGGCGCAGUUUUUUCGGAGCGCGGGCGGCACACGAUUUCAGAGGAUCCAACUGCUGGACAUCACUGCCACGCCAACCCAGGGCUACGUCCCGGACACGGACACCGAUAUGUCCCAAGAUGUCAUCAGCAUGAGCAUCCAGUAG